CCAUCAGUGGUAUGGAAACUCGAACGUCUCAGGAUUUGCGUUAACCGACUGCCCCAACGCCUGGAAUAGCGCCAUCAGUGGUAUGGAAACUCGAACGUCUCAGGAUUUGCGUAGGAUCAGAAUGGCACGCUCAGACAUGAGUCGCCGACUUCUGCGGGGCGUGCGGGCCGAUCGCUGUAUCACUCUUUCGAUGCUCUCGUCCGAUGGGGCUUGGGUGGUACUAUUCAAUGGGCCUGUGAACCAAUUGGAUCUAACCUGGGUUGCGUCCAUGUCGCCGGUGCCAUUAUGUAGCCAUGUUUACCGCGUGGAGGGUGCCACCGGCCCAAAUGAACUGUCAUUAACCGCGGCUUUGGCCCCACGUGAUGUCACAUACCUGAGUGACCCCGAGGCACCGACCAUCAUUAAUGCCUCCACACGUGAUGUAAUACUUGGCUGGCCCGGUAUAGAGGGUUGUCGCGGGGAGCUGCUAAGGCAGGCAGUUACUCGUGGUGGCGCUGCUUUCCAGGUCGAGAUAAAGGAGGGACCUGGAUGGCAGCCAGCGCGUGUACAGUUACAACGCUUGCGUGUUGCAGCGAGGGCUACCGGCUCGCAAAACAGUGAUUGUGACCGGUGUAAGACGUUGCCAGCGAAUUGCAAGGACGGUAGAGCAUAUGUGGCUCUUGAAGCAGUGGACGGAGUUGGCGGCGUGCGGGUCAUCGACCUCCUGCCGGCCACAUGGUACCACAUGCGCUUGCGCGUGACAUAUGAUGGGAUUUCUGCCGCGCUGAGUCCCGCCGUCGCCGUCGCUACCAAAUGUGGAGCACCUGAUCCUCCCAUACCACGACCCAAUGUUACUGAGGAGUUUGUUGGAACUGCUAACAUGAAUUCUGUGGUUGGUGCAGCGGCGCAAAAUCUGGAGGGUUUUGUGAGCGAGAUGAGUCGUGCUACACCACCGCCAGCUAGCGGCAGCCAUCGCCUUCGGGUUUCAUGGGCACGACCGCGGACGAAUGGCUAUCCAAUUCAGUACUAUAUACUUCACCAGCGUGAACUAGUCUUACCACCGAAUUCGGUUGCCAAACGCUGCCAAGCGAGCAACAUGCUAGUCCCAGCAAGAAGUCUGGCGUCAGAUCCUAGAGUCAGGCCAUUCUCAACACAAUCAUCAUCAAAUGCCAACGAACAACAGCAAGCCCCCAAAUGGACACCCUGGCGUGAGGUCCAUGCCCACUUACUCCCCGACUGCGCGCCAGACGCUUGGGCUUGGCUCUCCUUCGAACAACUCUGCAGCUCUUCGAAGCGGCCCGUUUUCCUCACUGCCGAAAGUGUCGGAGCCCCCACCCCGAUUUAUUGCUGUAGAAUUCCGCGUGGCUGCUGUGAACGCGCUAGGGGCGUCGAAAUUCUCGCAGGUGUCGCGCGUCUCGAGACAGGAGUUUCCUAGAGCCCCGGAACAGGCUUGGGGAGGUCGCACUGCGCCAAUAAAGACCCGCCGGUCCGAAGGCACAGCAUGGACCAAGAAUCUCCAAACCUCCAUGUUCGAGGCCGAGUUGGAAGAACUCGCUGGUGCACUGGGGUUCCCCGUUUCUCUAAGCAUUGUGCAGGGGGCUUUGGAACUUGUACGCGGGAAGAAAUCCUUCGGGAAGACGCCCUCGCGCGCCUCAAUAAUUCGCAAUGUAGGAGAGAGAAGAAAUAAGCUGGAAAGGAAGUCUUCAACCAAGGCUGACCCGAGUCUGUAUUCUCCCGCACAACACAUGAUCAUGACCGAGAUGGCCCGGAUUUCAGACCACGAGGCCUGCAAGCCUGCUUCUUUCUCAUCAACCUCGACGCGUCUGCCGAUGCAUUGACGUGCCAAUCUCCAUAUUCAAACUCACCAUGUGCCAUUGGCCAAGCCUGCAUAGUGACCAGGGUGGGGUUGCAAGCGCCCUGCGAUGCUCCGACUCUGCAAAGAGCCGCUGCUUAUCCCGCCUUCAAGCUACCCUUUGCGCCUCCCACUUAUACCACUCCAUCCCACGACGCCUGCUGCGAAGUGGACUGGAAUAGACGGGCGUCUGAGAGCCGAGAAUCCACAGGCCCCAAGGUAAAGGGCAAGGGAAUUCAGGCGCCAGCCGCGCGGUUGGGACUACCUGCCGCUACUAUCUGCGCGUUGAGCUAGCCGCCCCGGGAUAUAGUC